AUGGAGAAUGUAGAGAAGAUAUACAUACGUAACAAAGCCGACCUGUCGGAUAAUUUCUUUUACUUCUACAACUGGGUGAAGCUCAACUUUAACACGUGCCUCAUCAUAAGUGAGAAUAGCAGCCUUCGUAGUAGCAUCCUCUUGGAGCUACUCAAUGGGAAGAAGCUCGUGUUGAGUGAAAUCAACGCGUGUGAAGCGUUGUUUCGACUAACCUGCGGCGGGGUCAGCAAUGCGGUUGGCGGCACAGUCAGCUGUACGGUGAAUUGUUUGUCCAAUGGUCCGGUUAGCGGUGCACAGAGAGACGAUUUUGCGAACCGCUGUCGUGAUACUCUCCGCGGGGAGGAACUCAAGUUUUAUCUGAAGGAGAAGCUUGCGAGCGAGAAACCCGUGGACGAGCAGUUCCUUCAAAGAGUAGAAGCCGAAAUGGCGUUGCAGAAGGUGUUUUGCAAAGACAAACUGAGCUUUUUGGAUUUCCUUCUUUUCUCCAUUUUUAAAAAAGGCAAAGUGGAGAAAUUGAAAGACCCGCUGGGUAGGUACCCUCACCUGAGUGCAUGGUUUUCGAAAAACAAUUUUACCAUCAAGGAGGAAGACAUGAACUCCUUUGCAAGUACUAACUUUAUCCAACAAAUUAUUGAAGAUGAUUUGAAGAAGAAGAAGCAUACGUGUGUCAUUACAAGGUUUCCACCUGAACCCAAUGGUUAUCUUCAUCUGGGUCAUGCAAAAAGUAUAUGUUUAAAUUUCGGUCUAUCGGAGAAGUAUGGAGGGAGGACGCAUCUACGGUUUGACGAUACAAACCCAGUGACUGAGGAAGUUCGUUACAUAGAGUCCAUCAAGGAGGAUGUAAAAUGGCUCGGAUUCGAUUGGAACGAACAUUUGUAUUUCGCAUCGGAUUACUUCGAACAACUGUAUGAAUGGGCAAUCCAACUAAUAAAGCAGGGGGAUGCAUACGUGGAUGAUCAGUCCAUUGAACAGAUAAGGGAAAAUAGAGGCAGUUUGAAGGUACCCGGAAUUAACUCUCCUUACAGAGACAGAAGUGUUGAAGAAAAUUUAACUCUUUUUAAGAAAAUGAAAUUAGGAGAAUACGCAGAAGGAGAGAAGGUACUUAGAGCGAAGAUAGAUAUGUGUUCGGGAAAUAUAAAUUUAAGGGAUCCAAUUCUUUAUCGUAUUAUGCAUAAGACGCACCCGAAAAGUGGAGACAAGUGGGUGAUUUACCCAAUGUAUGAUUUUGCACAUGGUCAGUCAGACUCCAUUGAAAGAAUUACCCACUCUAUUUGUACACUUGAGUUUGAAACACAUAGACCAUUAUAUGAAUGGUUCCAGGAGAAGCUUGGCAUAUAUAGGACAAGACAAAUUGAGUUUGCUCGACUCAACGUUACCUACAUGGUCAUGAGCAAAAGGAAAUUGCUAACGUUGGUGAAUGAAAAGUACGUGGAUGGAUGGGACGAUCCACGUAUGCCAACCAUCUCAGGGAUGAGAAGAAGGGGAUACAGCCCAGAAGCUAUAAAAGAUUUUUGCAGUAAAGUUGGAGUCGCAAAAAGGGAAAAUAUUAUUUCUUAUGAGUUGCUAGAAUUGUGUGCUAGAGAAGACAUGAACAAAAAAGCCAAGAGAUUGUUCGCCAUUUUGAAGCCUCUGAAAGUUGUUAUCACAAAUUUUGUUGAGAACAACGAGGAGUUGCAUGAACUGACUGCACUAAACCAUCCGAAAAAUGAAUCGAUGGGGCAAAGGAUUUUGAAAUUUGAAAAAGAGAUUUAUAUUGAUGAGGAAGAUUUUCAAGAAAACCCUCCAGAGCAUUUCUACCGACUAGCUCCGAAUAGAACUGUCCGGCUAAGGUACGCCUUCUGCAUUACGUGCCAAGAAGUUGUGAAGGAUGAGGCUACCAAUCGGGUAGUCGAGCUGAGGUGCACCUACGACCCGGAGAGCAAGAGCACCACCAACACCAGUCAAGGCGGUGGAAAUAUUAGCCAAGGUGCAGUUGGUGCUAAUCAGAACUGCACGGAGAGUGCGAAGAAAGUAAAAUCCACAAUCCACUGGGUAGCCAAAUCAAAUGCCCAAAGUGCACAGUUCAGAAUCUACGACAAGCUAUUCACGAAGCCGAACCCUGAGUCGAAUGAUGAGGAUGAAAAUAUGGAAAAACUUAUGGAGAAUUACACUGUACAGUUGGAUAAGAAAAAGGGCUGCACGGAGGAGGAGGAAGAAAACCCGCCCCUGGAAAAGCAAAGCGAAGUGGAUGAAAACAACCUGGGCUGGAGAAAAUACAUCAACAAAAACUCUCUUCAGGUUCAUGAGGGUAUCGUGGAGAAGUACGCAUCUAGCUGUGGUGUGGGAGAAGCUAUUCAAUUCGAACGUAUUGGCUUCUUCACCAAGGACAAGGAUUCCACGGAGGAUUGCCCCGUAUACAAUUUGACCGUUGCACUGGUGGAGAACAGUGCACUUAAGAAGAAGAAGGAGGAUCUUGUCAAGAAGGAACUGGAUCGUCUGAAGAGGGAGAAAGUUGCCGCCGAGCGCCGGCUCAAGAGGGAAGAGCGCAAGUUGCGUGAACAACGCAAGUUGGAGCAGGCGGCAGCGGGCAAGGGAGAUGCUAUCCAAGUUUAG